AUUUCAAAACAAGGUCAUUGUUGAGAUAUUUGGGAGCAGUAUAACAUGCGUGCAUUUCAUGUCUAACACCAUCGCAUAGUUGCUUCUGUGUUGGGAGAUUCACACAUUUCAAACAAUUUAAAGUGGACUUCACUUGACUAUAGGAAGCAUAAGUUCUUUUAAAAAGAAGUAUCUAUAUCAUGUAAUAAACCUAUUGUCUAGAUUUCUUUUCCUUUAUUGCAAUACAGAAAUUAAAAAAAAAAGAAAGAUGGUGAAAGCAUGGCUGUGUGUAGCAUUGAUUUGCAUGCAUUGCACCCUGACCUACUCCCAGUGCUGGUACAAUGGUUUUUACUAUCAGUUUGGACCCUUUCAACCUGAACCAUGCCUCUCCUGCUUCUGCUUCGAUAGCGGGGCAACAGACUGUUUCAUCAUACAGUGCCCCACAUGUCUAUUUUACUACUACAAGCCUGGCGACUGCUGCGCCACCUGUGAGCCACCACCGAACCCAACGCAGUCAGCGGCAGUAUCAACCAGGAAAGCUGCAUGUAAAGAUCAGUAUGAACCAGUGGAAGUUGAACGUGAGUAAACAGACAGUUUUGGGAGCCAGAGGAGCCGAACGAGGGAUUAUAACUUCCGGAGUAGCAGACGUAGCCCAAUUUUUGGCGGCAGUGGAAGAUUGUAGCACCACUAACACAUUCUAUUUAUUCUUGCCUAGUAUUAAUCAACUUUGGGUGGCCUGCUCAUACCAAACAGACUAUCUAACACAAUGUAUACCAAUUUAACAUGUGAAUUAAAUCACUUUUGUUUCAUGUAAUGCAAAAUAAUAUUUUAUUAUAUCAAUUGGACAUUACAUUUGUAUAUUUCAAUACGACUCUCAGACGGGUUGUCAAUCUAUAUUAAAAUACAUAUCUAAGAUUCAGAUAAGCGUAAAUAUUUUUUUUCUUUUUCUUGUUAUUUCUUCAAUGGCAUGGCAAUGUUUAAAUAUUACUUUCUCAACUCCCUCCCCCCUCAUUGUUUCUUAUUCACUUAUUAUUUCUGUAACUUUUUAAUGCAUGACUUAUCUCCCCUAAAAUCAGCUCUCUUCUGUCUCACUUAUUUUGUGCAUGAUUUCUCUCCCUUGACUUUUCCAGUAUAGAGAUACAGACUUGACAGAGAUAGGGGAAACGUAACUCGGCAUGCCUCAAAGAAAAGCAGACACGGAUGUGAAUAUAUGUACAGUCGAUAGCUUUGUGGUUUUGAACAACUGUAGUGUGUUUUUAUAGAGAAAAUAAGAAUGGUCAAAAGCUC